AUGGACGACAUAGUAUUUAUUGGUGAUUGGAUAAAGGAAAGAGAACUUGGAAAAGGUAGUUUUGGUACUGUUGUAUUGUGGAAACACAAAAAAACUGAUGAGAAACUAGCAAUAAAGACUUGCCAGUGGGGCAAUGAGCUUUCUGAGAAACACAGAGCACGAUGGACGAAGGAAGUGGAAAUGUUACAGGGCUGCCGCAAUCCAAAUAUUGUGGGUACAAAAGAUUUACCUCCCGAAUUCGUAAAAGGACUCGAGCGCGCCAAUCCAUCGCGCCUACCAAUUCUUUGUAUGGAGUACUGCAGCGGUGGUGACCUUCGGCAGGUGCUCAACAAACCAGAAUCAUGUGCAGGCCUCAAAGAACAACAAAUCAGACAAAUACUCAGUGAUCUCAGAUGUGCUAUGCAUUUCCUACAUCAGAACAAGAUUACACACAGAGAUCUCAAGCCUGAAAACAUUGUGAUGCACAUAUUAGAUUCAGUACAGAGCAAUGUAGCUGUGCAAAGCCAAAGAAAGGUAAUUUACAAACUAAUAGACCUUGGUUAUGCUAAAGAAAUAGAUUCUAACUCUGUAUGUGCCAGUCUAGUGGGCACAUUACAGUACCUAGCCCCAGAAAUCAUGUACAGUAAGACAUACAGUAAUUCUGUCGACUUUUGGUCAUUUGGUUUGGUUGUUUUUGAACUAAUCUGUGGUAAACGGCCAUUCCUGCCUUUUAUGCCCCCUGUGCAGUGGAUGCCCCUUGUUAAGAAGAAGGCCCAUGAAAAUGUGUGUGUGUAUGAGACUUUCCAUGGGGACAUUGAAUAUUCAAAUGAAGUAUUCCCAGAGAAUUAUAUUUCCAAACCCUUCAAGGCUUUAAUAGAGCAAUGGCUAAGAAUUGCACUAGAAUGGGACCCUAAACUAAGAGGCAGAGAUACUCCUUCUCGAGUCACAUUCAACAUACCCAGUGAACAGAAGGAGGAGGCCAGUAAAAUUGUUAUAUUUGAUGUCCUUGAAAAGAUUUUAGAAAAGAAAAUAGUUAAUAUUUUUUCUGUAGCAACUUUAUCUAAACUUGCCUAUGAAGUUGAUGAUGCAACAACUGUGCUAAUGCUAAAAUCUAAGAUAUACAGUGACACCAAAAUUCCUACAAGUGAACAAAUUGUGAUAACUCAAAUGAACUACAUGGAGCCCGGAGAUGAUGAAUGUAUUGUAAAGUACUGGAAUGAAAAUAUUAUGCUGUUCCUUUACAACAAGACAUAUAUUAUGAAAGAGAAUGUGGAAGCAAUUGUCCCAAAGGCAGUACAGAGGUGUUUGGAACACCCAAAAGCAUUUUAUAAUUAUAAAAACAGUCAAAACUUAUAUAAGAAUGCCUUAUAUCUUGUUAUGUCACAAAUGGAACUGUAUGAUUCUCUUAUCAAUGGAUUGUUUGUCAGAGCCGAGUCACUGAAAUGUGAAGGAAAACAGUUGUUAUUGAAACAUAAUUCAGUUGAUAAAAAUAUUGGUAAUCUUCUUGCCAGACAAGAAAUACUCAAGAAGAUGAUUGAUUCUGGAAAAGCACACAUAACAGAGUUAAAGGAAUCAAAUGGGUCUCACUUACUUGGUGGUUUUGAUAAAAUUUUCAAAAAUGCAGAUGACAUUACAGGAAGAAUACAAAAAUUACAAACUGCUUGGAGCCAACUGACGGUGAGGCUGCAGUCAGCCACUAGACGCAGUAAUGAAGUCAUCACAGCUGACAUCAACAACUUUGUUACUAAACACAACUACCAAGCUGUGUAUGCUAAUGCUUACAAAGCAUUUUUAAGUUAUAAGAAAGGUGAAUCAGCUAACCGAGGUAGAGAAGUACAGUGCCAUGACAUAGUAGAGAUAUGCUAUUACUGCCUCAAACUCAGAAAUAAGAUAUUACAAGAAGUCCGUCAACAGGCGUUUGUGUUGAAACUUAUGGAUGUAGUAUGGAGUUUUCUAAGAUUGAUGACAUAGUAUUAAAUGCCGCAGAUUCAACCACUAAAUUGAUGUCAGAUGUGACAAACUUGUUAGAUGAGCUGACCAAGUGUACAUGGGCAACUAUAAGCUGUGUAGUAAAAGAUUCUGAUGGAUUUUCAAAUGUACCAUACAGUGUGGUCUCCUUUGAAAAGAAAGACUUCAAGAUUGGAGAACCUGUAUCUAAACAUUGCAUCAAUGUGACCAAUAAAUUAGAAGAUGACGAAGUACUGAAAUCUCUUAUUGAGGACAGUCCGUUAUCUGUAGGAACUUAA